GUCAAACGUAGUGAUGGCCGACUAAGUAGAGUCCGAGAGAAGCAGGCUGUGAGACAGCUGACCUCACUGCUGGCCCGAUUGGACAGAACCUUGCCCCGGGUCACUGCUCGGGACACCAGACGAGUCCUGGGAUCCCAGGAGAGACUGAAGUCACUACACGAGACAGGGAGGGAGGGGCUGUGGGAGGAGUUUGGAUUCUGUCUGGACGUGUGCGAGAGUCGGCUGACCGGAGGAGGGAGGGGCGUGGCCAUCUCACAGGGGAAAGUCCCCGCUGGACACCUCGUCGCACUGUAUCCAGGUACAGUCUACAUGCCCCAUGAGCCGCUGCUACUGCAGAGCCUCCGAAACCCGUUUGUUUUCCGCUGCGUCGACGGCGUGAUGAUUGACGGAAAUCACAGGGGUCUCUCCCGAUGGAUAUACAAGUCGUGUGCCUAUCGAGACGUGGUGGGAGGAGGGGACAUGUCAUGUGAUGUCACCUGGCUGACUGGUCUUCCGUCAAACCCUCUAGCAGUGGGACAGAUGGUCAACAACCACACUCGAGAGGUUCCCAGUAAUGUUGAGUAUGCGGAGGUGACCAUACCUUAUGACACGCUCCCACAGCAUCUGUGGAGACUCCUCCCCAAUGUCUACUACAGUGGCACGCUGCUAGGAGAAGAACAGUCAGGAGGUGGGGGGAUGAGGUGUGUUGUUCUGAUGAGCACAACUGACAUUGACCCUGGCACUGAACUCUUUUCCUCCUACCUCACUCUGGUACACACUGCCUCCUGACUCCCUCCUCCAUAUGCCACAAACGUACAUAAUAUAGCUCAUUGUGAAUUCUAUGGCGUUGCCUACUGGCCACUGUUUUAGUGCUUGUCGUCCUCCAC